AGUGAACUUUAAACCUAAGAUGUAUUAGAAGGAUCUCCAGGAAACCAUUACACAAACAUAUGGUUUGUUCAAAGUGGAUGUAUGAUGAAAGAAAUGAAUACAGCUAGUUUUUAGUAUUUUAGGCAAUUUUGGAUGAAUAAAGACAGCUGAUAAACUAAUACAGGUUUUCACUUGUAGCUGUGUGAAAGUUGCUAAAGACAACAUGAAAGCCGACGACAAACUUCAAAUUCUGAAGUUCUUUCUAAUGCUUGUCAAUUCAGUAUUUGUGAUUCUUGGCAUCAGCAUUUUUGCAUGUUCUGCUUGGAUCUUAUUUGAUAGCAACAACUUUAUAAGAGUCAUAAGUUCUGGAGAGGAAGUCAAGCUGGUGGCUGGCGGGCUCUUUUUCAUCGGCCUGGUUGUGGUUGGCGUGUCCCUGCUGGGUUGUAUUGGUGCCUAUUUAGAGAGCAGAUGUUUUAUUAUAUCUUAUCUGGGUUUCUUAAUUAUCAUCAUACUGGGUCAGAUUUUCAUCACCUUUGUGCUAUUGAUAAGACGAGAGUCGAUCAACAAAUAUUUAAGCGAUAACGUGAAGGAUAUCAUUAACAAGUACGGACAAAAUAAAACACACGAAACAUCAUGGAGUCUUCUAGACAGCGUGCAGAGUACUGCGAAAUGCUGCGGUUGGUCGACCCCAAAUGAAUGGAGGAAUAACACUGUUAUAUCAUCGCUGAAUGGGGCAAACAUCUACCCAUGCUCCUGUUUCAACGGUACCUGCCCUUUAAUCAUUGAAACAGUCAGAUUUGGAAACGGUUCAAACAUCUAUAAAACGGGCUGUGAGAAAGUUCUCGGAGAUUGGCUGAAUACAAAUAUUAUUGUAAUAUUUGGGAUGGAUGCUGGACUUUUGUUGAUUCAGGUGCUGCAGUUUAUCUUUGGAGUUCACACCUACAAAAGCAUCGGAUGCAAAAUGAGAGAGCUUCAUCCGAAAAAACUGCUGAACGCCGUGGAUGAGAGCCCUUCGACAGUGCCUGUCCAAGAGCAGUAUGAAGAUCAAACCAAUAACACACAGAUGAACACUGUGGGUCACAAUAAUGGAGAAUAUAUUCAUGGGGGUUAUAAUAAUGGUGGAUACGAUCAUGUUGCCUACAAUCAAGGUGGACAUAUUGCUGAUAAUUAUGACCUAAGUAACAAUCCUGAAUUUUAUGAACAGGACAACAGGCAAAGUUACAAUCUGGAGUACCAGCAGGGCUACAGCGGCAGUCAUGAUCAGGGUUAUAUUCAGAGAUAUAAUGGUGAUGACUAUUAAAGACUUUUCUUGUGUAAUUGAUCAGAUCGAGACAGAAUAAUUUUACAGCACACUGUAGGCUGUGGUCUACAUUUGACCAAAGACUCUUAAAACCUUCACACGUUUUUAAACAGGUUGACGCUUGUUCUCAGGAGUAUCGUUUGUCAUUUUAAAACAACCAGCAUCUCUUUUUCAAAGAGUUCAUUGCAUACCAUUCACUUCACUGUUUUUCCAUCAACAACACAUUUUUCAAGUCACAGAUUUUCGCAAUGACAGACAACAUACUUUUAAUCUAGCAGAUCUCCUUUUAUUUUAAUGCCCCUUUACAAGUUUACAGAUGUUGUAUAAAUGUAGAUGUGUAAUUAUAUAAAAAUACUGACAUGAACUUAUUAUUGACAAACACACAUACAAUUAAACAUUUUGACAUACGAAAAUAUAAACAGUGGCCUUAAAAGGUAUUUGGAUUAAGUUACACGUCACUGCAUGCACUCUAAGAAAGGAUGUGUUAACACAUUAUGUGUCAUUUUGUGUUGAUUUUGUGUUAAAAUUAACACAAAAUGUGAAGAGUUUCGUUGCAAAACGAGAUAACCACCGUUUUUAUAAUUGUUCAGAAAUCUUGUUUUUUGGUUGUGCAUUCCUAUUAAUUUCAAUUCAACUGCAGUUGUUUUGUUUUGACCUUCACAACUUAACAAAUACAGCUAAGUAGCACCAUAAAACAAAAUAAUAACAUGAUAACAUAAUAAUAAACAUGUUUUGACAAAAAUGUUUAAAAAUGGAUUUAUCUCGUUUUGCAACGAAACUCUUCAUGUGUUGUUUCAAUAAUAACACAGAGAUGUGUAAACUAAUGUGUUGUUUUUAACACAUCCGUUCUAAGAAUGUAGAUGACAAAUUGUCAAACCAAAAUCGUGCUGGACAUUAUCUCAGAUCUAGUAUCACAUUUCUGAAUAUGAUCUGUCCACAUAUUUCACAAUGUCUGACAACCAGAAAGUGUCCAAAUAAUUUUGUGUUAAUUUUGAACAAUAUGUGACCCUGUCUGUAAACUUCAGACUAAAGUUUCAUGAUCUAAUUUUGAGCAUCAAAGUUUGAUUUCAAUUUUUGAUUAAGGUUAUAUUUUCACAAAAUGUUCUUUACAUUUACAGCAGGAUGAUUUUAUGUAGAAAACAAAGAAGUAAAUCACAAAGAAAUGACUUUACUCAAAAUUGAACAAGUAACUACAUUCCACUCGUGUAUAUUUAAGUGUCCUGAAGGCAUACAAAAGGGUUUGGUGAAAUAAAUACUUAAAUAUAAUCCAUUAUUUAAUUAAAGUUUUGCCUCUUUUUCAGUGCACAUUUCCUGUCUGAACUGUUAUUUGGGCAGUUUCAGGAUAUUUACCUUUAAAUAAAGUAUAACAACUGAAACAACAUCCACAAGAAGAAAGUAAAGGAGUAAAUGUCUUCAGGACACUUAAAAUAUAUGACACACGUUGAGUGGAGUUAUUUAUUUAACUCUUUUGAAGCUUUUUGGUUUUCUGGUUACUGUGAAAGUGGAUGUUGACCACCUCGAUCCGCCUCGUUCACCAAACACUCCCAAACUAACUAGAAAACCCAAAACAUCACUUUAAAAAAAUCUGCAUUUGGGUUUAUAAAACAAAUAAGACAUUUGGGGUUCAAACAACAUGAAGGUAAAAUAAAGACAAAAUCGUUGUUUUGUGGGGAACUAUGUGUUUUCACAUACUGGCCGUCACAUAUUUGUUGUUUUGCUUUGCUUUGUAAGAAAAAUGUGCAUAUGUCAUUUUUCAUUACAUAAUGCAAUACUUAACUGGCUUAAUUGUAAUAAAAUAUUUUACAGAGCAA